GUUGUGGUUGACCGGCUCGAACAAAUUGUUGCGGGCUUGGCGUGGAGCGGCGAGGGACAACAGGGAGAAAAUUGAGCUUCAAGCUUCCACCCUGACCAUCUAUCAACUGUCCACUCCUUUAUCCUCCGCAACGGAACACAAUUAGGCAUUGGGUGGAUUGAAGCGCCGUGGAAAUGUCUCUGGGUCUGUCUUUCCGAAAAGGAGUCGUAUUAUCGUACAAUGCCGGGACAUUCGCUCCCUCGUGCUGUCGAUGGGCUUCAUCAUCUGCGAGCCUCAAGACAGUCUUUACCACUCCCACCAAGAAGCAAUCAUAUUCAUCGCCAGGCAAAAUGAAGGCACUUACCAGUCGUCAAAGGAUCACCCAGCGCUCGAAGAUUAUGGAGGAGUCAAAAAACCAGGCUGAGGGUCGUACACUCGAAAAGUUCCAGUCUCGGGAAUGGACAGCAGGCGAUGUCUACUCUCCUCACGACUUUGGUCCAACUGAGAUGAAGAAAUGGAUGAAGCGCUGGGGCCCGGAAACAGACGCCUUUGAUGCUUUGAACAUAAAUCCCCUUGACCAGUAUAAAAACUUCUCUAUCAUGUCUGAAUACGUUACUCCCAUGGGCCGGAUAAAGGCACGCAAAUUCACUGGCUUGCGUCCAGUCAACCAACGCAAGAUCGCCAAGGCAAUUCGUCGCGCUAUCGCAGUUGGGCUCAUGCCUAGUGUUCACCGACACCCCGAAAUUCUCGCUCUUGAGGCGAAAUCUAAAUAUGGUUCCUUAUAGGGAGGAGAGUUCAGUUUUUAAUGGUGCUUAGGCUUUACGCGUGGUCGUUUGGGUGGCAUAUGUGUGUCAGGAACACGCACAAACAGGAUUUGUACUGUAUCUACUUGUAUUAUCAUAUUUUUCUUAUUAAUGAUGCUACCUGUGACUGAAUUUCGGUGUUGACUCCUUCGAUCUAUGACACCAUCAACAAACCCCACUAAUUUAAAACAACUCCGCCGCCUGCUGAGCGUC